AUGGUCUUUGUGAGUUUCAAACUGACUAUAUUCGAACCAUGCCCUCGCAUGUCUUCGACAAAAACUCAGACGGACGUCUAUCGAGAAAGGAACUGGGACUGUUCCUGUCUGUGGAUCGGUAAGGAAUCCUGCAAGAUAAUGAUGAUGAUGGUGAUGAAGAGGAAGAAGAUGAUGAUGAAAAGGAGGAGGAAGAUGAGGGCGAUGAGAAUGAAGAUGAGGAUCAUGAUAAUAAGGGUGGUGAUCGAAGAAAUACUUGGCGGCGUGAUGGCUCAAUGGUUAAAGGCGCCUGGUCUUGCUAUUGCAAUGACUGGGUUCGAAUACAAAGAGAUCCCCGCCUAUCAUAUGCAAUGUGUAUGA